CGACAGCAGCCCGCUUGUUCAGGGGGCGACAUACCCACUGAUAGCCCAUCUAAAGUACCAGAAGUUGCAGGCCAGACUGAGUUAUGGCCAGGCUUCCUCGCGGUCUUUGCAACAGAGAGACGAGCGCCUCUAGAGCAGGUGGAGCAGCCCAAUUUAGAACACAGCUGGCGUGAUGGGAUGCUAUGGCAGAAACCAUCAUUCAGCCUUCCUCAUCGACUGAGCAUCCCAUCCCUCUUGCCCACCUCAGUUGUACGGAUUUGCGGGCCCGUACUGCACAUUCGGCUGCUCGUGUGGCCAAGGCAUGCAUCUCAUUGGUGGCUUGACAUGUCCUCAGCUUCUCUGUGCCUCCGUGGCACCCGCUUGGCCCAGCCACUGAACCAGCCCUGGAGGUCCGUCUGCACAGUACCGGCAGCGUCAGCACCGUCCUACACUGCCUUCCAGUGGAGUCGUAGGUAACGUUAGUCGAGGGGUCUCGAGUCUCACCCCCCGGCCCUCCUUCAGAUUCCCACGAGAUCCCGCCAGUGCC